AUGUCAACUUCGAAUGAUCUCGGUCAAUGGUAUAAAAGUAUACCAUCAAUAACUCGUGCUUGGUUUACAGGUUCCAUUAUUGUACCUGUAGCAGCUCGAUUACGCGUAGUUAAUCCAUUUUAUCUUGUUCUGGCUGUCAAUCGAAUUAUAAAACAUUUUGAAAUAUGGCGAUUACUCACAGCUAUACUUUACUGCAGGAUGGAUUUUGGAUAUCUCAUAAAUCUGUAUUUUAUUUAUCAAUAUAGCACACGUCUGGAAACAAGUACAUUUGAUGGUAAACCAGCUGAUUAUGUAUUUUGUUUGGCAUUUGUUUGGCUAUGUACUAUCAUUGCGGGUUCUAUUCUUCUAAUAUGGACGUUGAUGGAUAGUAUGGUUAUGAGUGUUAUUUAUAUUUGGUGUCAAUUAAAUAAAGAAGUAGUGAUGUCAUUUUGGUUUGGUAUACAAUUGAAAGCAAUGUAUUUGCCAUGGGCACUCAUGUUGUUCGAUUGGAUUAUCCUCGGAACAUAUAGAGAGGACUUAUGUGGUAUUAUUAUCGGUCAUCUUUAUUACUUCCUUGUUUUUAAAUAUCCACAAGAUUUUGGUGGUGCAAAAUUAUUACAGACACCUCGUUUACUAUAUCGUUAUUUUCCGAGUAAACGAUUUGCUACUAGUAGAUUUGGCACAGGACCAAUUCAUCGUCAUGAAUCGGAUGCGAGUGAUAAUACUGAUAAUCGUGAUCGUCAAGUAUUCGGUGGUCGUGGUUAUGUUCUUGGUUUUCGUUAG